AUGGCUGAACCCGGCCGACCUCUGAACACUGCCUUCGCUCCUCCUCCCCCUCUUUGGAAGUACUUCACGCCCGAAAACCUACAAAGACUCGAAGAUAUCAAAAAAGAAGCAUCAAAAGGGGAAGACGGAAGACCGAAAAAGAAGGAAUGGCCGCCGACAGAAUUGCGCUCUCUGACACUGCCCCCAGAGCUCCGUUUCCUCGUGCCUCCAGAGAUCCCCAAAGAGCAGUAUAGCGUCUUCGGAGAAGUCCAAACCCUUUCGACAGCUCUUCCCUCACUCGAAGAACAAGGAAUCACCCAGCUGUACCCCUCCUCACCCAAGCCCGGCGCAAAUGGGGAACCCGCGUCACAACCCACACAGCCGCUGAACCACGCCUACUACCUGUUAAAAAUAAGCAAAUCGUUGCUCUUGAACUUCCUAGAGUUUGUCGGAAUCCUCUCGGUGGCCCCCGAUCAAUUCGAGCCGAAAGUUGAAGACAUCCGCAAUCUAUUUAUCAACGCGCAUCAUCUGCUGAACUUAUACCGACCGCACCAAGCCCGCGAAUCCCUUAUUAUGAUGAUGGAAGAGCAGUUGGCCCGCUCAAGGGAAGAAAUACAGCAGAUGGACAAGCUGAAAGAAGAACUGAAUGGUGUUUUGGAUCAGCUGGCUGCCGAAGGCGCUGAUGUGGGAGCUACAAUCUUGUCCGAUAACGAAGACGACACGAAAGCUGUGAAGCCAGAUGAGCGAGUUCAGGAGGACUCCCGGCUACUAUGGGAUAUCCUGGAUGACAAACUCGACGGCUGA